CGACCUUUGACAUAUAUGGGCAUGUCGGCAUGACAACAGCUGACGUCUGCCAGUCUAAAAACAGCAUAGUCACCCUGCAGUCAGAAGGCCUCAGCACCGCGUACUCUGCUCUUUCCUUGUGUAAUUAUUCAUUUUAUUAACUUUAUUCUCGCCUACUACUUCUGCUCCCGGUGUGUCCGGGUGACGGCGAUCUCCCACGGGGACUCCUCGCGCACCGACACGCGCACCGACACGUCACCGACUCGCCGCCGGAACUACUAACAAACAUGGAGAGUCUGGAGAAACAGCUGAUCUGUCCCAUCUGUCUGGAGGUGUUCACCAAGCCGGUGGUGAUCUUGCCCUGCCAGCACAACCUGUGCAGGAAGUGUGCCAACGACGUGUUCCAGGCGUCCAAUCCCUACAUGACGUCGAGGAGUGGCUCCACGGUGACGUCCGGCGGGCGUUUCCGCUGCCCGUCCUGCCGCCACGAGGUGGUUCUGGAUCGCCACGGCGUCUACGGGCUGCAGAGGAACCUGCUGGUGGAGAACAUCAUCGACAUGUACAAGCAGGGUAGCAGCAGCAGACCGGUCCCGGAGGAGAAGUGUGUGCAGCCGAUGUGUGAGAGCCACGAGGAGGAGAAGAUCAACAUCUACUGCCUGAGCUGCAGCGUUCCCACCUGCUCGCUCUGCAAAGUCUUCGGAGCGCACAAAGACUGCGAGGUGGCUCCUCUGGACGCCGUCUUCCACACGCAGAAGGCUGAGCUGACUGACUGUAUCUCCAUGCUGGUUGGGAACAACGAGCGGACUCAGGCCAUCAUCAGUCAGCUGGAGGAAACCUGCACAACGGUCGACGAGAACGGGCGGCGCCAGAAGUCGAAGGUGUGCGAGACGUUUGAUCAGCUGUUCUGUCUGCUGGAGGAGAGGAAAGUCGAGAUGACGCUACGGAUCAACGGCGAGCAGGAAGAGAAGCUGGAUUACAUCAGAGGGCUGAGCAGGAAGUACAGCGAACACCUGGAGAACUCGGCCAAGCUGCUGGAGACCGCCAUCCAGACCAUGGACGAGGCCGAGAUGGCCGUGUUCUUGCAGACGACCAAACCUCUGCUGCAGAAGAUGGUGGAGGGCAGCAACACGUCUCACGUGGAGAAACUCCAGCUGGGCUACGAGAAGAUGGAUCACUUCACGGUCAACUUCUCCCGCCAGAGGAGAGCGCUGAUGGCCGUCGACUUCAUCAAACUCGAUGAAGACGAUGAUGAAGAGGAUGAAGAUGAGGAAGAAGCAGUGGAGGUCAGAGGGACGGCCUCAGCCAAUCAGCAGCCUCCUUUGGCUCCCAUUCAGUCAACCGGUGUUCAGCUCUCAGCACCACCCCCUCAGAGAUCCUCCGAGGCUCCGCCCACGCUGACAUCACAGACGAGAGGCCCCGCCCCCUCCACAGCCCUCCAGGCCACGCCCCCUCAGAGGUCCUCUGAGGCUCCACCCACGCUGACAUCACAGACGAGAGGCCCCGCCCCCUCCACAGCCCUCCAGGCCACGCCCCCUCUGCCACUUCCCUCCGCCAGCUCGGGCCCUCAGGUUGAGUCUGAUCAGCAGAACGAGUCGGAGGACAGCGACGGACCCAAACACGUCUUCUCCUUCAGCUGGCUCAACCAGAAGUAACCAAGACCCAGAUCCAGAACCACAACCAGAACCAGAA